AUGCUUGAGGCUAUGAACGAGUGGAACGUUUCGUGUGAGCAGAGCGUGGCGUUGGGAGAGGAGCACGAGCAACGCGCGGAGGCGGUAGCUGGGAAUGAGCGUUCCAACUCGCGGUUUUCGGGGUUGGAGCUUCUGUUCUGGGCUGCGGCUCUGUCAGAGUCUCGGAGUUCGUCGCCGAACUUGAACUAUGUAAACGCGAGUGCAACUCCAGAGAACAGCGUAUGCUUGCGGCGUUUGGAGGGAGUCGUGACGAAGCUCGAGGAUGCGGGUGCGGUUUCCCGCCCUGGCUCUGGCGCAGCAGCGGGCCGGCGAGCGAUACCCACGAAUACUACCGGGAGCGACCUUGUCUGGGGAAACCCUGGGUCAGAUGGGACCUUUGCCGCCAUUUCUGAGAAACAAGCGCCUCUCUUUUGCAUUGGUUUGGAAAAUGAACGCGUUGCUGGCGCUCAGCUCGCCAGAUGCGCUAGCAUGCCGAUAAGGCAUUCGCCGGUUUCGGACACGGACACCCCCAAGAUGGGCGCGAUGAAGAGUGCUCCAUCGGGCACGCCAGUGGACAGUUUCACGACAACCAAUGCACACUUGGCGCAGGGUUCCCUUAUACAACCUGAGCCGGUGGCGAUGUGGCGGUGCUGGUCACCAGGCGAGGAGCCGCGCGUCUGGCCCGACACCUUGUCGCGGGUGUCAUCCGAGAGCAAGCGUUCGAGCCCUGAUGUCAGCUCGACACCGUCGAAUCGCGCCCAGGUGCAGAGCACUCCGUCAGCACGCCGGGUCAGUGAGCGAAAAGAGGUCAAAGGGCCGUGGCGUCCCGAAGAAGAUGAACUGCUGCGGUCUCUGGUCGAAAAGAUGGGGCCUCGAAGAUGGUCGCUCAUCGCUGAGCACAUCCCAGGCCGAACCGGCAAGCAAGCGCGAGAACGCUGGUUGAACCAGCUCUCGCCACAGAUUUGCAAGCGUCCUUGGACCCCCGAGGAAGAUAGGAUUAUUAUCUCAGCCCAUGCUCGUCUAGGAAAUCGCUGGAGUGAGAUAGCACGGAUGCUGCAGGGACGUACCGACAAUGCGGUGAAGAAUCGCUUUAACUCCUUCAUUCGCCGAGCGCAAGCGGAGCGUAACCAGGCGGCCAAGCGAUUGCACCGCAACCAAGGUGGCAACUCGACGUCGCGCCUGGAGCAGGUCGCCUCCGCAGCAGCAGCCGCAGAAGCCGAGCUGGAGGCCGUGGAUGCAUCGCUUGACGCGAGCGGAACGACGGCUUCCCAAGAAUCGAAGGCACCUGACUCCAUCGGCACGGGUCCUAUUUCACCUGCAUAA